CACACAUUCAGUCAUUCAUUCGCUUGUGAUUGCAUUCAAUUUGAUUAGCAUUUGAUGCAAACUAUUGACAAACACUUCACUCAAUAAGUAUCACUGUAUUUGUCAAUACAUUCACUGUUUAACUGAUCCCACAAUCAAUUGAUUGUCAUUUGGUUAGAGUUUUGCUCAAAUAGUGGUCACUAAUUGUCACUCAAUUGGACAACACAUAGACAACGAAAUGCUUCAAAACCGCAAUACGUUCGCAACGCUUCCACGAACUGCCAGAGGAAUGCCUCUAGUCUUAGGAGGAGAUCCCAAGGGAAAGACCUUUUUGUAUCCCAACGGCAAUAGUAUAAUAAUCCGGGACAUCGACAACCCGGCCAUCGCUGACAUCUACACCGAGCACUCGACUCAGACAACUGUUGCCAAAUACAGUCCGUCCGGUUUCUACAUCUGUUCGGCCGAUCAGUCCGGGAAAGUCCGCAUUUGGGACACCACUCAGAAGGAGCAUAUCCUCAAGAAUGAGUUCCAGCCAUUCGUGGGCAACAUUAAGGACCUCUCGUGGUCUCCGGACAGUCAACGCAUCGUCGCUGUGGGCGAAGGACGCGAACGCUUCGGUCACGUGUUUAUGAUGGAGACGGGAACCUCUGUGGGAGAGAUUGCCGGCCACUCCAAGAUUAUCAACUCGUGUGACUUCCGUCCCGGCCGUCCCUUCCGUAUAAUAACCGGAAGCGAAGACAACUUCAUCGGUAUAUACGAAGGCCCGCCCUUUAAGUUCAAGACUCAACUCGAAGAUCACUCCAGAUUUGUUCAAUCCGUGCGAUUUGCGCCCAACGGAGACCUGUUCGCCAGCGCCGGCUUCGACGGCAAGUUAUUUGUCUAUAAGACUAACGAUUACAGCAAAGUCGGGGAGUUUGGCAGUCCUGCACACGGCGGUGGUAUAUAUGCUGUCCAGUGGUCGCCCGAUGGCACACAACUGUUGACCGCAUCGGGAGAUAAGACAUGCAAACUAUGGGAUGCAAACACUCUUCAAUGCGUUACUGAAUUCCAAAUGGGAAGCGAUGUGUUGGACCAACAGGUGAGCUGUUUGUGGCAAAAUCAAUACCUGUUGUCUGUCUCGCUGUCCGGUUUCAUCAACUAUCUGGACGUCAAUAACCCAAACAAACCCUUACGUGUAGUCAAAGGACAUAAUAAGACAAUCACUGCUCUAAUUGUCAAUAAGAAUUCGAGUGAGAAAUACAUUUAUACGGGAAGUACUGACGGCUACAUAACCUAUUGGAACCCACAAAAUGGUGAUCACAACCGAAUUGCCGGUAAAGGACACACCAAUCAAGUGGCAGACCUGGCCUUCAAUAAGAACACUGUUUAUAGCGUGGGUUUUGAUGACACCAUCAAAACCAUUGACUCAAAUGAUAAUAAAUUCUCAAAUGAAAUCAAAUUGGAUUCACAACCACACGGUGUGGCUGUUCUGGAAGGACAGGAGGUUAUUGUAGUGGCGGGUCAUGAGACCAUCAGUGUAUACACUAAUGUAAGCAAUUAUGGCAAACAGUCAUCGAUUCCGGUCUCUUACGAGCCGUCAAGUGUUAGCGUAAAUCAGGUGCACAACGAUGUGGCCGUUGGGGGCACUAAAGACAGCAAAGUCCACAUCUAUGGCCUCAAUGGCAACGAGUUGACUGAGAAGGCAGUGUUAGACCAUCGCGCGCCCAUCACUGACGUCGCCUACUCUUCUGACGGCAAAUACUUGGCCGCCGCCGACCAGAAUAGAAAAAUAGUUCUCUAUUUGGCUCCAACUUAUGAGUUGGCGCAUCAACUUGAAUGGGGUUUCCAUACGGCUCGCGUUAACUGUCUUUCCUGGUCGGCCGAUAACAUACACUUAGCGUCCGGUUCUUUGGACACCGGUAUCAUCAUUUGGAACGCAUCCCAACCUAACAAACACUUUUCGCUCAAAAAAGCCCACCCACAAAGUCAAGUGACACGCAUUGAGUGGUUAGACGAGUCGACUCUGGUGUCCACCGGACACGACGGCACUAUCAAAGUGUGGACCGUUUUAUUCGGAUAAUUGGCCACAAAUUUAAUAAUGUCUUCAAUUUAUGGAAACCUUUCUUCACACCAAAGAUAUGAUAACAUCUGUCGACAAAAUUCUGAUGUAUCUUUACGUUAUUUGUAUUGUUUUUAACUUAAUUCUCGUUUCUUAAAAUAUUUAUUGAUUCCAAACUAAACUAAUGAACGGCUAAACUAUUUUGAAAGUUGUGUCCAAUUUAGCCAUAAGUGCACUUAAUAUUGAAUCAUGAAUUGAAUUGAUUUAUGCGCUUCUGAUAAUUGAUUUGAUAUUAAAGUUUUAUUUAUUUGACUUAAAAUAAUA